GAGGUCUAGGGGAAGGGAGGGGCUUUAAUCAGAAGAAAACGUUUGCCAGGAAAUCUGUGACUCUGUGGCUUUUUAUGAAUGGGGAGGAGGCCUCACUGCACUCACAAUAUAAAAGGGGGACCAGUAGGUGAAGGUCUACACACCAGGGGCUUGCUCUUGCAACACCAAACCACAAGACCGGCUCUUGGAAGACAGAGCUUCACCAUGCCCAGCCCAGCGCUGCUGUGUUGCCUGGUCCUGCUGGCCGGGGUAGGAGCCAGCCACCACCAGAGUGCCCUGUCUGAGGACAACUGCACCCACUUCCCAGCCAGCCUGCCCCACAUGCUCCGAGAGCUCCGAGCAGCCUUCGGCAGGGUGAAGACUUUCUUUCAAAUGAAGGACAAGCUGGGCAGCAUAUUGUUGACUGGGUCCUUGCUGGAGGACUUUAAGGGUUACCUGGGUUGCCAAGCCCUGUCGGAGAUGAUCCAGUUUUACUUGGAGGAGGUGAUGCCCCAGGCCGAGAACCACGACCCAGAAGUCAAGGAGCACGUGAACUCGCUGGGGGAAAAGCUGAAGACCCUGCGGCUGAGGCUGCGGCGCUGUCAUCGAUUUCUGCCCUGUGAGAAUAAGAGCAAGGCGGUGGAGCAGGUGAAAAGCGCCUUCAGUAAGCUCCAAGAGAGAGGUGUCUACAAAGCCAUGAGUGAGUUUGACAUCUUCAUCAACUACAUAGAAACCUACAUGACCAUGAGGAUGAAGAUCUGAAAACAUCCAGGAUGAGGACUCUUCUCAACUCUAGGACAUAAGUUGGAGAUCUGAAAAUCCCAUCCGGGAUGUAGGAGAGCUGAACAACUCCUUGGAGAACCCUGUCGUAUUUAUUACCUCUGAUACCUCAAAUCCCAUUAUAUUUAUUUACUGAGCUUCUCUGUGAACUAUUUAGAAAGAAGCCCAAUAUUGUAAUCUUUUUCAAUAUUUAUUUUUUUUUACCUGUGUGUAAGCUGUUUCCAUAGGGUGAUACCCUGUGGUAUUUGAGUAUUUUAAGAGAAACUGUAAGUUAUAUAAGGAAAAAAAUAUUUCUUGGGGAGACUACUGAAGCUUCCAUUUCAAGCUGACCAUACUGGAUAGCUGUUGAGCUAUUUCCCUGACCUCCCUAUAAUUUCUCUUGUCCCUGGGCCUGGGGCUCCUAGAGUGUUAUAAAGACUCUUACCCUCUUAGGAAGAGAAACUAGGGAGGCCCUUUGAUAAUUAAUAUUCCAGUGGCUCAGAGGAAUUCCCUUGACCUCAUUCCCCAACCACUUCAUUCUUGAAAGCUGUGGCCUGCUUGUUAUUUAUAACAACCUAAAGUUGGUUCUAAUAGAACUCAGUUUUAACUAGAAGCAAUUCAAUUCCUCUGGGAAUGUUACAUUGUUUGUCUGUUUUCAUAGCAGAUUUUAAUUUUUAAUAAAUAAAGAAUCAUUAAAAUCAUAUUAUGGUG